UGGGAUAAAAGCAGCCAAAUCCUGCAGGUUGGUGCAAAGGGGAGAGCACGAUGGGAUCCCUGCCCUUCACAGUCACCAGCCUUUGAGUCUCUGCAAGAGCUCGGCCCCACGGCGCUGCUGGAAGCGGCUGCCCCAUGGCUGCAGCGGGGGGCGAGGGGCCGGGGGGGACCCCACUGCUGCCAGCGGGCGCUGCCCUGGCCCUGCUCGGUGCCCUGGUCUACCUGGGGGCCCUGUGUGCUGCCUGCAGACGCAAGGGCAGGAAGAAGCAGCUCCCUCCGGACGGGGUGAAGCUGGUGGAUGAGUCGCUGCUCAGGCAGACGCAGCUGCGGUCCCUCAGCAAGUCAGACACGAAGCUCCACGAGCUCUACCGGGUGAAGGCUGGGGAUGAUGCCCAGCGCCCGGCCAGCCUGGACCUCAGCACCCCCGCUCCCGCUGACCCCCAGCACGGUGCCGGCCUCCUCCUGCACCGGGAGCUGCCGCAGAUCCCGGUCCCCGAGCCCCCGGCCCCGGACCAGACCUACUCCAACCUCCUCUUCCCCCCGCGCCGGCGCCCGCUGCCCGACUCCGUCUACGAGUGCGUGGCCACGGGGGGAGAGGAGCCCCCGGUGUCCCCCCCCCGGGCUGUGCAGGGGGCGGCCGAUUACGCCUGCGUGCGCAAGGUGAAGAAGGGGGUGCCCGUGGAGGUGCAGGAUGCGGCCGCAGCCGGGGGGCCCCCCCAGGCACUGCAGUGCUGGGGUGGCUCAGGAGGUGCCCCCCAGGUGAAGCUGGAAGAGAUGUACUCCACCGUCUGCAAAGCUACCAAGAAGAAAACCCAGGUCCCUGCAUCGCCCUCGAGGGAGGAGGGAGCCCAGGCCCGGUCCUGGUCCCUGGCAGCCCAUGGCUCCCUGGACCCCUGCUAUGAGUCCAUCAACGACAGAGCCUGGACCCCUCAGGGCCGCGGCCCCGACCCGGACUAUGAGGCUGUGGAUGUCAACUGGAAGAGGGCGGCGAAGCGGGACAAGGCCCCUGAGAACCUGUAUGAGAGCGUUGGGGACAUCUGGGCGGGGGGGUCCCAAAGAGCAGCGGCCAGGAUAGCACCCAAUGGCCUGGAGGUGUACAUCACCAACCUAUAGCACCCCAGGGUGCUCCCACCGUGGUGGGCUCCCAUGGGACCGGCUUUCCCAGGGGGUUGAACUGGGAUUGGGAUGGGCACACUUGAACCCGUGCCCGCUGGGGUGGCUGCAUCCCCACAAUGGCUUUCUGUAUGUAUUUUAUAUUCCUUUAAGCAUCCUUGUCCCAUC